UUUAUUACCUUCAUUACUUUUAUUUUAUAUUUCACUUUAUUACUUUACUUAUGUAGCAACAUGGACAGCGACUUUUUCUGUACCGAGUGUCAGAUUCCAUUCACAGCUCGUAGCUCCUUGUAUCGCCACAUAAGACAAAAACAUGACAAAGAGCCAAGAGCUGUUUAUCCCAAUGCGUGUGCUUUCUGCCUUAAAACUUUUAAAUUUAAAUAUUUAUUAACUCGUCAUGUGAGCCAAGUUCAUAAUAAUAUCCCUAACCCUUCACCUGCCCAAUCUUCUUCGGUAUCUUUUGAAGACAUUACACACCUUUCCUCCUCCACUAAAACAAAUAUAAAGCAUCCUUCUUUACCCACCUCAUAUACUACUACAUGCUUGACAUCACCUUACAAUUUACUAUCACCCACAUCAGAUCCUCUUCACAAACAUCCCCACGUAAGUUUAUUGCCGCAUCCUUGCACUUCCUCUAUUAAAGUUCAAAUUCACACGCCUCCCAUUCCCUGUUCCCCAAUCAGUACUAAGGAAAAUUUUACAGGUACACCAUCAAGGAAAUCCAGAAUAAGAUGUCCACUCCCUCCCUGCUCCUCUGUUUUUUCUAGGUACACAGGUUUAUACGAUCAUAUUGAGUUUUAUCACAAAACUACAAUUGAUUAUGAACAGUUUGUGUUUCAAAACAUUAAAGAUUUUGAAUUGUGGAAAGCGGACAUAGAGCGGAAGGAGUUUUAGCAUUAUGUAAAAUGCAAUUCAGGAUAUAAAUCAAAAACUGAUGACAAGACA